AUGGCUGGUAUUAAACACAGAAGAGACUCAGCUGAGUCUAUCAAUACCGACAUCAUCACGUUGUCCCGUUUUAUCUUGGACCAACAGCAUCUUUCUGCGAAAAAUGCCACUGGGGAGUUUUCUAUGCUUUUGAACUCUUUGCAGUUUGCAUUUAAAUUUAUUUCUCAAACAAUUAGACGUGCUGAAUUGGUUAACUUGAUCGGAUUGGCUGGUGCUUCAAAUAGUACCGGUGACCAGCAAAAGAAGUUGGAUGUGUUGGGUGAUGAAAUCUUCAUCAAUGCUAUGAAAGCGUCUGGUAACGUCAAGGUACUUGUGUCUGAAGAACAAGAAGAUUUGAUCGUUUUCCGUAACAGCCCUGGUAAAUACGCGGUAUGUUGUGACCCAAUUGAUGGUUCGUCUAACUUGGAUGCUGGUGUCUCAGUGGGUACCAUUGUCUCUCUGUUCAAGAUUCAUGAGAAUCAGAAUGGUAACUCUGGGGAAGAAGAUAGUGAGGGUACCAUCAACGAUGUUGCUCGUUGCGGUAGAGAAAUGGUUGCUGCUUGUUACACUAUGUACGGUGCGUCCACGCAUUUGGUUUUAACUACCGGUGCAGGUGUCAAUGGGUUCACUUUGGACAAUAACUUGGGUGAAUUUAUCUUGACUUACCCAGAAUUGAGACUACCUGAGCAAAAAUCUAUUUACUCCAUCAAUGAGGGGAACACCUGCUAUUGGGAACCAACUAUCGCUGAUUUCAUUGCCAAGUUGAAGGAAAACAGCGAAGAAAAUAACGGUAAGCCUUACUCUGCUCGUUACAUCGGUUCAAUGGUCGCUGACGUACACAGAACUUUACUAUAUGGUGGUUUAUUCUCUUACCCAGGUGAUAAGAAAAAUCCUAACGGGAAGUUAAGAUUGUUAUAUGAAGCAUUCCCAAUGGCUUUCCUUGUUGAACAAGCUGGUGGUAAAGCCGUUAAUGAUAGAGGUGAACGUAUCUUGGAUUUGGUCCCUCAACAUAUUCACGACAAAAGCAGUAUCUGGUUAGGUAGCUCUGGAGACGUUGAUAAAUAUUUAAAGCAUAUCGGUAAGUUGUAA